AUGGAGUCCCACCUGCACGGACAGAGCACCAACUGCACGGACAGAGCGCCACCUACACGGACAGAGCACCAACUGUACGGACAGAGCACCAACCAAACGGACAGAGCACCAACCACACGGACAGAGCACCAACUAUACGGACACGGCACCAACUACACGGACAGAGCACCAACUACACGGACAGAGCACCAACUACACGGACAGAGCACCAACUAUACGGACAGAGCACCAACUGCACGGACAGAGCACCAACCAAACGGACAGAGCACCAACCACACGGACAGAGCACCAACUAUACGGACACGGCACCAACUACACGGACAGAGCACCAACUACACGGACAGAGCACCAACUACACGGACAGAGCACCAACUACAUGGACAGAGCACCAACUACGAGGGGCAGAGGGCCAACUACACGGACAGAGCACCAACUACACGGACAGAGCACCAACCACACGGACAGAGCACCAACUAUACGCACAGAGCACCAACUACACUGACAGAGCACCAACUUCACGGACAGAGCACCAACUACGGGGACAGAGCACCAACUACGAGGGGCAGAGGGCCAACUACACGGACAGAGCCCCAACUACACGGACAGAGCCCCAACUACACGGACAGAGCGCCAACUAUACGGACAGAGCCCCAACUAUACGCACAGAGCACCAACUACACUGACAGAGCACCAACUUCACGGACAGAGCACCAACUACGAGGGGCAGAGCACCAACUACACGAACAGAGCACCAACUACACGGACAGAGCGCCAACUACACGGACAGAGCGCCAACUACACGGACAGGGCACCAACUACACGGACAGAGCGCCAACUACACGGACAGAGCGUCGAAUGGCUGGGCAGUUGGCUGAAAGUGCCUCGAGCCACCUUCACCAGCCCAAUGGCGGCCAAUGUGGCCGAUCGUGUAAUGCCACUGUUGACAGGCCAUAUCCGGCAGUGUGA